GCGCAGUGCAGCCUGGGUAUGACAGUGAAAGCGGCGGGAGAGCUGUGCAUACAUCUCAAAAUCUAAUAUUUUGCCCUAAAUGCAGAUUACUUCUGAAGCGAGUAAUGUGCAUGUAGUCUCAUAAGGAAGACGUGCGUUUGGAUAGCAUAAGGGCGUUUUGCUAAAAAUCCUCGGGCUCUGUUAAAGCUAUUGUCGUUGUGGUGUUGCUUUUAAGCAUUCCCCGGGAAAUUGGUUUGAACGUUUGUUUUUGGUUAGCUGCUCUCUAGCAUUUAAGGAACAAUGGCGAAGGUACAGGUGCUGAAUGUGGCUGUCCUAGAUAACCCGAGCCCAUUUGGAAACCCUUUCCAGUUUGAAAUAACGUUUGAGUGUAUGGAAGACCUCCCUGAAGAUCUUGAAUGGAAGAUCAUCUAUGUAGGCUCAGCAGAAAGUGAAGAGUAUGACCAAGUCCUGGACUCAGUAUUGGUUGGUCCAGUACCUGCUGGGAGACAUAUGUUCGUGUUUCAGGCUGAUGCCCCAAACACUGGAUUGAUUCCUGAAAGUGAUGCUGUUGGUGUAACUGUGGUGCUGAUCACCUGCACAUACCGAGGCCAGGAGUUCAUUCGUAUUGGUUACUAUGUGAACAAUGAAUACACAGACCCAGAGCUUCGUGAAAAUCCACCAAUUAAACCAGACUACACACAGCUCCAGAGAAAUAUUCUGGCAUCAAACCCUCGUGUUACUAGAUUCCAUAUAAAUUGGGAAGGCUCCGCAGAGAGAAUGGAAGACUCUGAAAAUGUCGAUCCAAGUUCAAACUCCAUGCUCCCUCCAGCCUGUCUCCCAGGCAAGGCACCACCCUUGGGUCUACUACCAGAUAACUCUAUGGACUGCUUAUAGAGAACAACUCUGCCCCAGAGAAGAGAACUCAAAGCACCAGACCUUAUUUUUGAGGAAUGCCUGUGGACAUUCUAGUAUUGAAGUACAGACAGACUUGUUUGCCUUACAGCUGCCUUCAUUAAAUGGAAGCUUGUCAAAAACCAGCCCUUACCUGGGGCUUUAGGUGAGAGCUUUUCCAAGGAUGGUACAAAACAUCUUACGGGUACAGUCAUCUCCUUGCAGAUGGGAGUUCUCUCCGUGGUGUUAAAUGCAAUAUUGAAGUAGUGUAACUCUGAAGGGGUACAUGUAAUGAAGUGACACAGCAAACUAGAAACAUAAAGCUGGUGUGGGAUUUACCUUUCUUCCUUUUGUUGGAGCAAAACUUAAAGAUUUAAGAGGAUUUCAGCAAUGAAGCAAUAGGCAAAUAACUUCAUUUUGUUUCUGUACAGGAAUUUGAUAAUCCACCAUUAUGUGUGUUCUAAUACCUUUUGCACUUAAAUCUUUUCCCACUUAGAUUUUGGGGCUUUGUAUGGUCUUUAUUAUUUCUUCCUGUCUUAGCUUGUUUUGCUUUUUUCACUUUUGUUUGAAUAAAAAAAUAUUGUAUUUGUUAUGUA